AUUGACUCCUUUCUCCCACCCACCCCCUAUAGCCUUUAUAAGUUGAGGUUUCGGUUCAGUCUCACCAGGACUAACGCCAGAGAGAGAGAGAGUGAUUGACUCCUUUCUGUCACCCACUCCCUAUAGCCUUUAUAAGUUGAGGUUUCGGUUCAGUCUCACCAGGACAAACGCCAGAGGAGAGAGAGAGAGAGAGAGAGAGAGAUGGGGAGAGAAAUUGUGAGCAGUGUGGAGGAGAUGGGUACUGGGGGAAGCAGCAGCUGGUCAUCCAAUAUUAAGCUGCCAUUGCUGUCAUUGAACCAUGUCUCCUUUGUCUGCAAAUCUGUCAGCAGGUCUGUUCGCUUCUACGAGGAUGUGCUGGGGUUUGUUCUCAUCAAACGCCCUUCUUCCUUCAAAUUUGAAGGAGCCUGGUUGUUCAAUUAUGGGAUUGGCAUCCAUUUAUUAGAAUCUGACAAAGUUCCUACAAAGAAGGGUAAGAUUAAUCCCAAGGACAACCACAUCUCCUUCCAAUGCUCCGACAUGGAGCUUCUGAUGGACAAGCUGCGACAAUUAGGAAUCGAGUACGUGACGGCAGUAGUAGAGGAAGCUGGGAUUACAGUGGAUCAGCUUUUCUUCCAUGACCCGGAUGGCUACAUGAUUGAGAUUUGCAAUUGCCAGAACCUACCCGUUCUUCCGCUUUCGGCAUGCCCUCUUCAAAAGCAACUUACUAAUCCCAGCACAACCAACCAUAAGACAAUGCCAAUUCCAUCGUCCUUCCAUCCAGGGAAGCGCAGCUCCAUGCUCCAGUAUUGCUCAGGCGAAGUUGAUGCUCUGAUGAUGGAUAACUUCGUGAUGGACAUGAUGGACCUCGCCAUUUGAAAGAUACUUCUAGAGACAUCCUUUGAUGCAAGUCCAGAAAGUCUUAUGGUUUUUUUCUGCUUUUUUGUUUUUUAUGUUUUUGUUAAGGUUUUUGUGGUGUUCAGUGCGUAAAGCGAGGGAGGUUCUAGUAAUUAGUAGCUGAAGCAUGUCAGUCUGGCUUCAUUAUUUAAGUUGUAUGCUCCACCAUGAUAAUUAUAUAAUGCAAGCAUUAGCAUCAUUCGUA